GUGGGAGAUUUCAUUGGGUUCGUUAGUGAAGAGAUGUUACCGGCCUCAGUCCGGCUCGUCGAUGCGAUGAUAAAGUGGCCUGGAUCACAGGAGUCUUAUGAUACGGGAUAUGCUAUCGUUAAUGGUCCUGAUGUUCCUAUGAUGCAAUACAUAUCUCAUGGUACUAGAUGCUCACAGCAUAUGGGAAAAGCGAUGACUUUCUUGAAAUCUAGGCCAAGUGAAAGUGUGCAACGGGUGUUGAAAAGUCAUUCGUGGGGCGGUGCAGCAAAGGGACUUGUGGUAGAUGUUGGCGGUGCCAAGGGAACGGUUGGUAUCGACCUAUCUCGUUUCCUUCCUCAAGUCAAGUGUAUCGUUCAGGAUCAACUUGAAGUCGUUAGAGAUACAGCGGUACCCGAUGAUCUGCAGGAAAGAUUAAGUUUCAUGGCGCAUGACUUCUUUCAAGAGCAGCCUCUGAAAGGUGCGGAUGUAUAUCUCAUUUGUAAUGUCUUGCACGAUUGGUCAGACAAAUACGCAGCCAAUGUUCUUAGCAACUUGAUUCCGGCUUUGAAGAAAGGCUCGAAUCUAUUGGUUUGUGAUAGGCUUCUCCCGGCUCCUUGUACGUUAUCGCCGUACCAAGUGAGGAGACAGAGGGCUGAUGAUCUUUACAUGAAAGGUAUUCAAAAUGCUAGAGCUCGCUAUCCAAAUGACUGGGAACAACUCUUUGCAUCCGUUGAUUCGAGAUUCAAGUCAUUUGAGACGGGAACGGUUGAUGGAUUCCAGCUAUCAACUAGCAGUGUGAUAUGGGAGGGCGAAGCUAUAUACUAGAAGAUAAACUAUCUUUCUGAUCCUCUCUAUGACCCUUUGAAGAAACGUAUCACUAUAAAUUGGACGGAGACUUUCUCCUAAGAAUUGGUCAUUGGCUCAGAAAAAUCGAUGGCUGCGUAAGCAGCGGAUGAUAAAACUAGUAAAAUACCAUAUUCAAGCCGCCACCCCGAAUUAUGUAAAUUAGAUGAAAGUUCCCUUACCAUUCUAGAUGUCGAAUUCGAAUUCUUUUUUUCCUUUUACUCAUUUGAUCACAUCUCUGUGGGUUCCUUCGUGGAACAUGGCGUCGCUUUUACAAAUUUAUCUCGCGUCGCAGUGCGAAAGAGCA